AUAGAAUUGGCUAUAUAUUAUUACUUUUGUAUUAUUUUCAUUACAAAGAAAUCGAUAAAUUUAGUUUAGAGAUUUCUUUCAAAUAUUCUCAACAUUUAAGAAACCCGCUUGUUCAUACACUUCCCCUUAAAAUUGUUAAUAUCGACCAUGAAUCUAGAGUACUUCAGCGAGGGCCUCGACUGCCUGAUGUACUGCGGCAUGAAGCUAUCGCCGGAGCAGCGCAUUUUGAUUGAAAACUCGUUGAUUGCAUUGCAGAAUGAUAACCGCUUUUCGGGCAUGUAUCUGUGGGGUCGCAUUACGGCCACCAAAAACGAUUACUACAUUGCCUUUGGCUACACAAACGAUUGCCUGAAGGAUCGCAAGUAUUUCUACAGUUUGGAUCAGUUCCAGUGGCAGCUCUUGCCAUUUGUCCAGAGCCCCACGAUCUUUCAGGCCACCAUACUGGCGAGGGAGCCAUUCAUAGGGGAUCCCAGCCUGAUGUCCUAUGUAGAGCUAGAUCCAACUUUUGACAUUGUGGGCAAUCAGGUGGCUGGCAUCGGUCGCCCCGAAGUAGUUAAGCUAAAGGAAGAGGAAAGACUGGCAGCCAUUGUGUUCAUCAUUACCGAGGAGUGUGCCAUUUGUCCCCGUGGAGCCUUCUACAAGAUGACCGAUGGUCGUGUGAUUCCUAACCAGAUGUUUCGGGGCCUAAAUGACCUGCAGAUCGAAAAUCAAUCAUAUUACCAACUAUAUCGUCUGCCCCGCAAUGAUCUGAAAGUUAAUUUGGCCAAGAGGAGCGACUAUAACUAUGCUAUUGACUUUCUCGACACCAUCGACUGUGUUAUACCGCUGGGUCAGUCCUUUGCACUGAAUAUGCAGAGGAACGAACGAUUGGUGAUAAUCAAAUCGUGUCUGUGGAUGGGCAUGACCUUCUUCCACAAAAUGAACUCCCAUAAACAUGGUUUCCUCUACCUGGGCGAUGGCAAGAAGAACUUUGACUUGCUUUUCAUGUAUUGAGUUUGAUUUUGAAUAAUAAUUUCGGUUUUUUCUUAAAGCAUA